AUGCCGAAGAACAAGAAAACAGAAUGGCAAGUAGGAGAUCCCACGAUAAGCGUAGUGAGCGAUCAAUUCUGUAAUCCAUACCCAAUGGAUUUAAUGGUAAAGAGGAAAGUUCAAAAUUUCUCCAAAGAUCAUUACCAAGUGUUUGAUCCAAGCGGGAAUCUUCUCCUGCAAAUUGAUGGACAAGCUUGGGGGUUUAACCGUAAAAGGAUUAUGCGUGAUCCAGCUGGUUUCACAAUCCUCACAAUGCGUCAAAAGGGGAUUGCGUUGAAGAACAAAUGGGAAGUGCAUGGAGGAGAGAGCAAAGAGAGAGAAGACUUGCUCUUCACGGUACAGCAAUCUCAAGCGGUUUCAUUGAAAACAUCUGUGGAUGUUUUCUUGCCUGAGAACAAUAAUGUCAAGAAGAGCACUACUUGUGAUUUUCAUGCUUCUGGUGGCUACUCGAAUAUAUCAUUCAAAGUUUUCAAAUCGGAUGCUCUCAUCGCCGGGGUGACGCAUAAGUUUACAUGGGGAAGUUUCUGCAAAGGGAAAUAUAAUUUUAGGGUGAGGGUAAAUCCAGAGGUUGAUUAUGCUUUUAUCAUUGCUUUGCUUGUUAUGGUCGAUGACAAUGAGAAUUGGUGUUAG